AUGCAGUCAUCCAAUAAAUCGCAGAUGCUGGUUAAGUUGGCUCAGAAAAUACAGGAGAGGAGGAUCCAGCCACCGAUUAAAAAACAGGAUAAACAUGAGAAGCCUAUCAUGACAAUAACCUCGGUGACGUCAGCGGCUCCUAAGGCGGAGACAGUGGAGACAUCGGAAAAACCGACGGACAUUGAUGUGGCUGCCUUAAGUUCCACAAUCCUUGCCAGCUUGCUGGAGGUGGAUAUGGAGGUGCCAAACACCAAGUUCAAAACGGCAGCGACUCACAAAAAGCAGCCUCGCAAGAAGACAACGAACAAACCCAAUCCAGCGUUACUCCAACUGGAACGGAAACGUAUGGAAGAAAUGAAGAGGUCCGAUGUCAAGUUGAAAAUGAAGGUGGUGGUGAAGUUGAGGAGAGCUGAGGAUGAGUUCGAGGUUGCUCGCCGAUGGGCGGAAGAUAAUAAGAAGCGUCAGCAAGAAUAUGUUGAAGAUACGAACAAAACAACUGAACAAGUGGGUUCCGAGGACACUGCCUCUAUUGAAAGUCCGCCAAGUAAAGACCUGUCUAAAUCUCCACCUACAACCGAAGACGUAGAAGACACCUCCAUGACAAACAAUGAAGCUGAAAUCACAAACAAUGAGGUCCCCGAACCUGAAGAAGAUCAGGCAACGUUACAGGAACCUGAAGAUACAAGCAAUUUGGAAAGCAACAAGCAAACCGAAAAACAGCCCGACACUUUGGAAACAAUAGAAGAACUCACGGAUGGUAAAGAACAAAUAUCUGAGAAGGAUCAGGAUGAAGACCCAAAAACAAACAAAGCGACUGUGACGGAAAAUACUGAAGACAAAGAGAAGGAACACCCAGAAACUAAAGACACUGAAAGUGAUCAAAUAAAAGACACUGUUGCUGAUUCUAAUGACGAAAAGGUCCUUUCGGAGAAAGAAACGAAUGUGGAUGCGGAAAAUAAGGAUAAAUGUGACGAUGCGGAAGAAAGUCCAGGAAUUGAAAAGGCUGUAGAAGAAAAGACAGCCGAGCCCAUGGAAACUGGUAGUGAAAGUGGGGAACCCUCUACUGGACUCGUAGAAAGCAUGGAUACGGAAUCGCUAGAAACUCCAAAGGAACUGAUGGAAUGCGGCUUGGACGACGACAUAGGCAUGGAUGGCAUAGAGCUGAGUGACGCCACAGAAGAGCUUAUCAAAGCAUUAAGCCGACCGAGCCCGGCUGCUUCCGAAACCCCAAAAGAAGACGAGACUGAUCUGGAUGGUAAUGAUCUAAUUGAUGAACUACCACUGGAGACGGCAGAGCCACCAGAAAUUCUUUUAAGGGAGGAUGACAACGACAAGGUAGACAGCUCAUCCAAACAAGCCGGAGAAGCUGCUCUAACUAGUACGGAUGGAAAUGAGAAAAGUGCUGAGGAAGCACCUGGGACCGACUCAGUGGAUGACGCACUUCCACAAACUGCGCCUAUCAAGGGCUAGUGUGUGGUGAUUAGGGUUCGGUCCAAUAAAUCCUAGGUUUGAAUCGCAAUUUUUUGUUUUCCAUUUUUUUUUCCAUGAACUUGCAACCUUUGAAAAAUGAAUUUUCAGCUUACAUUCGUUUCCUAGCUUAAGGUCAGUGUAUAAACAAAGUCGGAUCAAUACUAAAACAUUUUUGAAUUUCCCCCAAUGCCAUAGGAUUAGUUGUUGCAUUUAAGAAUGCAUUGUUAUGUUUCCAAGAAGUUUGUAAAGCCUGCAAUCCCAAGGAAUGUUUGGAACAAUUGAAAACGGAAACCGGAUUCCAUGGCUUCUUCAUGUUUAUUCAAAAUUGAAUAUACGAGCGGAGGAAUAAAGCCAGAUGCACUUAAUUAUUCAAUAAGUGAUUAAUGGAUAUUAAUAAAUGUGUGUAGU